UGGCAGCUCAGACAAGUUGCAGAUAGAGUGCCGUGAUUAGCCGAGUGGUUAUUAGCUUGUUCGAAACCAAAAAGCUAAAAGAUUACCUGCGGUCAUAAAUUGGGAUUGACCCAGGCUCUCCAUAUUUGGUGAUAUUAGAACCAUUACAAAAUUGUCAAAUUAACUGUUAGUACGAAGCCAACCGUCUUUGGACGAUGAGGAAGACUGCAUUACUGCUCAUUUUGCUACUCGGCGUCGCUCACUUGACGACCGUAUGCGGAUGUGAAGAUGAAGAAUACGAGGAGGAUAUCGAUGAAGAUGAUGACGACGACGACACAGAAGUCAAAGAGGAGAAUGGAGUGCUGGUUCUAACCGAUGACAACUUCGAUACUUUCAUGGAGGGCAAAGACACCGUGCUCAUUGAGUUCUAUGCUCCAUGGUGCGGCCACUGCAAACAGUUUGCGCCAGAGUACGAGAAUAUCGCACAGAUCCUGAAGGAGAACCAGCCUCCUAUCCCAGUGGCGAAAGUUGAUGCCACAGAGGCAAAGGACUUGGGGAGCAGGUUUGAGGUGUCGGGCUAUCCUACCAUCAAGAUCUUUAAAAAAGGCGAGGCGAUUGACUAUGAUGGCGACCGAACAGAGAAGGCUAUUGUGGCCCGUGUCCAAGAGAUUUCUCAAUCUGGCUGGAAGCCCCCACCUGAAGCCACGCUGGUGCUGACCAAGGACAACUUUGACGGGACGGUCAACAAUGCCGACAUCAUCCUAGUGGAGUUCUACGCUCCAUGGUGUGGACACUGUAAGCGCUUGGCACCUGAAUACGAGAAGGCAGCCAAGGAGUUAAGCCAGCGCUCGCCGCCCAUCCCCCUCGCCAAAGUUGAUGCCACCACAGAGUCCGACAUUGCCUCCCGCUUUGAUGUCACCGGCUACCCCACCCUUAAGAUCUUCAGGAAGGGCAAAAUGUUCGACUACAACGGGCCCAGAGAAAAGCACGGCAUUGUGGACUACAUGAGCCAGCAGGCGGGGCCUCCCUCCAAGCAGGUGCAGGCUGCCAAACAAGUGCAGGAGCUACUGAAAGACGGUGACGAUGCCAUCAUUGUUGGCGUCUUCUCCAGUGAGGAGGAUGCAGCGUACGAGACUUACAUCGAGGCUUGUCAUUCGCUCAGGGAAGAUUUCACCUUCCGUCACACCUUCAGCUCCGACGUGGCCAAGCUGCUCAAAGCGUCGCCUGGCCAGGUGGUCAUCACUCAGUCAGAAAGGUUCCGCUCUAAAUAUGAGCCAGCAUCACACACUCUUGUACUAAAGGACUCCACUUCAGCGUCGGAUGUGCAAGAGUUCUUCAAGAAGCAUGUGACCUCUUUGGUGGGCCACAGAAAGCCAAGCAAUGACGCCAAGCGCUACACAAAGAGGCCACUCGUGAUUGUGUACUACGGAGUUGACUUUAGCUAUGACUUCAAGAAAGCCACACAGUUCUGGAGGUCCAAGGUGUUGGAGGUGGCCAAGGACUUCCCUGAGUACACGUUUGCCAUCGCUGAUGAGGAAGACUAUGCGGAUGAGCUGAAGACUUUGGGCCUGAGUGAGAGCGGCGAGGACGUCAAUGUUGCUAUUCUGGCGGACGGUGGGAAAAAGUUCGCCAUGGAGCCUGAUGACUUUGACUCUGAUGUGCUGAGGGAAUUUAUUAUGGCUUUCAAAAAGGGGAAGCUGAAGCCCAUCAUCAAGUCCCAGCCUGUGCCCAAGAACAACAAAGGGCCAGUGAAGGUUGUGGUGGGAAAAACCUUUGAUGAAAUCGUCAUGGACACUCAAAAUGAUGUCCUCAUCGAGUUUUACGCUCCUUGGUGUGGACACUGUAAAAAACUGGAGCCUGAGUUUUUGGCCUUGGGCAAGAAGUACAAAGGUGAGAAGAACUUGGUGAUCGCCAAGAUGGACGCCACCGCUAACGACAUUCCAGACGACAAGUACAAAGUGGAGGGUUUCCCCACGAUAUAUUUUGCCCCGAGCAAUAGCAAACACAAUCCUGUGAAAUUUGAAGGAGGCGACAGAACAGUGGACGCCUUCAGUAAAUUUGUAGAAGAACAUGCCACAAAGUUGUCAAGCACAAAAGACGAGCUUUGAAAAGAUCACGUAUGGACUCAAACUGUGCCGCCAAAGUCCCAACUAGCGGCCCAGGAACACGUGGGAAGGUGAAGGGAACCAAGCAUCAGUGUCAACUGUUACUGAGUUGCUAUGAUUAGAGUUCAUCAUUUUAGUUCAUUCAUGUUCAUUUUUUUUUUUCCUGCUUUCUGAAAAGCAUGUGGGUUCUGAGAGUUUUUAAAUAAAACCAAACCAUGUCUUUGUUGGCCAACAC